AUGGCUCCUUGGUUCCUCUGGCACGCCCUUUCGAGCACUGCCAGGCUUUCAACUGUCACUCAAAUCCUCAUCUUCCUCCCCCUCACGCUCUCCACACUGUCCAAAUCGGCAUUCCUACUCCUCUCGCUGCUGCUUUUUGUUCACGCUCUCAUCCAUGGAACGCUUGCACUUCUUUGGGGGUCGCCCGCUCUGAGCAUCUUGCAAGUCCCGAUGCACCCCUUUCUCCUUCUCGUCUGUUUCAACGCGUUCUCUGAGAGUGUCCACCCGUGGAUAACAACUACAGCAUCCUGGUGGGGCACAAUUCUGCAAUGGUCAAGCCCAGGUUUCAUUGUCAUGGAAGGCGUGUCAAGUCUGCUUGUGGCACAACGUCUGGGACAAGUUGGGAAGGAGCUCGUCGAUGAAGGAGAGGUCUACCAAUUCGGUCUACUAGUCGGCGCGGCAGCUGCAUAUGUUGCUUCGGCUUGGUGGAUAGUUGUGUCUUAUCCUGCCACGGCCGAUUCCCCGCUCUCUUCAACCCUCCUCGGCGUCGCAAUGACAACCCUAUGCUUUCUCAUCUUCAUAGGAUUUGCCCUUCGACGAACGAACGUGAUCGAAACCAGUUGCAUGGCUCUCAUUGUCGCUUACAAUGUGUGGUUGUGUGGUGUAGAUGAUGCGCUGGUGCUCGAUCCUACGCUCUCUUACUCGCCACUAAUAUCAAACAUCCUUCCUCAUCUCCAAACUCUGAUGAACUUCCUGUCGAAUACAGUCCCCAAACCGGUACUCUUCGCACUCGUGUACCGGCUUGUCGUUCUGCACUUCGCCUCGCGCAUUCUCCCCAACAUUGGCGCAGACACCUGGGAAGAUGAAAGUGGUGUUGACGAUGGCUGGGAGGGUCGACCGACGUCGAGGUUAACGAGGCUGUUGCUCACCUAUAGACAGGCAAUCUUUGUGACGGUGUACUCUCAUCUUCUCAUGCUCGAUCAUUCAUCGCAAGUCUGGUGGAGAUGGAUGAAUAUCUUUUUCACCCUCGCCCUCUGGUCAGUGGAGCUUCUAGUGAGCAACGAAGAUGAUGGGACGAAGACAUGGAAGGUGGAUUGA